AUGAAGAAGCUCUUCAAGGGCUAUUCGCCCUGGGGCUUCCUGAGCUUUAGGCACGAGAACCAAGAACCACCGUGGUACCUCACUGGGUACACGCCUGUGAAAAAGAUCCACAAAGCCGCAAGCAUGGGGGACAUAACCCAAGUGCAGAGGAUGCUCGAGUUUGGGGAUGUUGACGUGAACAUUACGGACCGGAAGAAGAGGACGGCUCUGCAUUAUGCCUGUGCUCAUGGCCAGUCAGAAAUGGUGGCCCUCUUGCUAUGGUAUGACUGCAACAUUGAAGCCCGAGACCGUGAUGAAAGUACAGCUCUGAUCAAGGCCACACAGCGCCAGCAUGAGGAAUGUGUAAAGAUUCUCCUGGAGAAUGGUGCUGACCCAAACGCCAUUGAUGCAUAUCAAAACGCUGCUCUCCACUAUACAGUUUACAACAACACUGUCUCCAUAGCCGCCAGACUUCUGGCGUUCAAUGCAGACACUGAAGUGAAGACGAAGCAUGGCUACACACCACUUAUACUCGCUGUGCUAGAAAACAAGCAGGAGAUGGUGGAACUGUUGUUACAGUCUGAUGCCAAUAUAAAUGCCCUGGAUAACUACAAGAGGUCUGCCCUCAUACAUGCUAUGAGAGCUCAGUCUAAAGAUAUGAUCAGCCUUCUUCUCCAGCAAGGUGCUGAUGCAUCUUUGAUGGAUGUCUACGGAGCAACUGCACGAAGUCACGCUGUUUUUGAAACCUUUCAAGUGCUUUCCAAAGACGCCAGUUCCAAUCAUCUUGAGCCUACGACAGGAAAGGACAGAAAUAAUUUUGAUGUCAAGCAGGAUGACUGCACACCAUGUACAUACCCCACCCAGGACAAUGAGGAAAAGAUGGUACAAUUGCCAGCAAAGGAAGAGGAAAACAUAGACACAGUUGCCAAGCUGGGGAGCCAAGUUGCUUUAGAACACCAGGAGAAAGAACUUGAAAUUUGUGAAGAUUGCAGCCCAAAAGCAGAAACAUGUCCUGAAUGCUACCCUAAAACAAGCCUCGACCACAAAAUUAUAAAUCCCAAGCCCACAACAGAAGAAGAUGAACAUAGCAUCAGCUCCAAGACUCCUGGGGUCCAGGCACCCAUGCUCACUGAAUCCAGCCUCUGGAUCGGGUAUCCCGCAGAUUGGCCAGAACCUGUUAAGUUCUCCAGACAACCAGCGGUCUACAACCCAGCGGAAUGGAGGGAAGACAUGGAAUCCCGGUCUGUACUACUAGAGGAAAACCAACAUCCAGCGGCAGUCUUGUCGGGAAAGGAGGCAAACACGCAGACACACAGGGUUUCCAAGGGACCUGGUGCUAAUGAUUGUGAUCCUACAGAAAAAGAGAAUGCUGAGGAUGAACUGGUGUCACUUUUAGCUCCACUGAAGGAAAACAAACCACAGAUGAAAGAAUUUUCAGUAACUGAAGCUGCCAAGUUACAGACAGAUGUCAAGCUGGAUGGACAAGGUGUUUUAGAAUAUGAAGAAAAUGGACUUGAAACUUGUCAAGAAAGCAAUUUAGAAGCAUCUGAAAGUACUGAAUCCUAUUCUAUACUAAGGUUCUCCACCAAACCUGAUCUUAGUGACACUGAGCCCACAGCAAGAAAGGACGAAUAUAAUUUUGAUACAAAGGACAAGGAUAAGUUAGAGAAACAUCCCUUGGCACAGAGAGCAUCCCAUCGUCAAGUCAAGCAGACAAGCUCUCUACCUUUACAACUCCAAGAGCAAGCACAGGAGCCAGAGAUGAACAUGUCUUCUGAUGGAGAAGAUACAUCCAGGCAUUCAAGAUCUGCCAAGGGUCCAGGGCUCAGGGGAGCAUUGAUAGAAGGAGACAAACUAGAGGGUAAAGAUGCUCUACAACUUGCCAUAAACAAGCUAAACCAGAAGGUUGGUGAGAUUUGUGAACCUGUCAAAAGUAAUGUUCACCACGAGAAAGAGGGAUCAAAUGAUGUCUGUACAGGAAAACCACCCCUCAAGUCGGCCUCCCCUAAACCGGCCCAUGAUCCGCUUGACUGUGAGGACAGAGAUGGAGCUGCAGCACUGGUGUGUGAGGCACUGCAGACCUUUCCCGGACAGAAGGAAGGUGGCCUUGGAAACGUCUUUCCAUCUCCCUCAUCCUCUCAAGUCAUGGAAAACUGUGUCCAGUCAAUUACUAAAUUUCCCUUAAUGAAGAAUAAAUUAGACUGUGAAAAUAACAAGUUUGAAAUAGAAGAAUCCAUUCCUAGAUGCAAGGAGAAAUUUAAAAAUAUAGAAAGUAGAAAGAUAAGAGGUAAAUGCCCAGAAGUAUGUAUGAGUGAAAAGCAAGAAGCCUGUGAGUUCAGGAGCAAGUUGCAAAAAACUAUGAAACCAAAACGCAUGGACUGGCAGUUAGAUAUCAGACACAUGCCAAAGUCCAGUGAAUCCAAAGGGCUUUCAGACUCCAAAGAAAGGAAUCACGUGAGUGAAUUAAAAAGUUGGGAUGAUUCUACCCUUCGAGACACUUACAAGAAAAGUAAAGACACAGGGAAGUCACUCCACAGCAACUGCGAAACUCCGGUGCACACCGCUGGAACCAUCAGUGCCAUGCUGGCUGGUGGCCGGACAGCAAGCGCUUUUUCAGAUGAAGAUUUUCAGGACAGGCUGUAUGAUAAUGAGUUCCACAUAUUGGAGGAAGAGAUCCUGGCCUGGGAGAAAGUCCACCUUGAAAAUGAGAGUGUCUCUGAGAAUCUGCCAAACAAAUGUGAGGAAAUUGCAUCUAAUGCCAUAGAUCCAAAGGGGAAAUACAUAGAAAACAAACACACAGGAGCAGAAUCGGACUCUGAGGUGACAAUGCAAUCAGAACAAAAGAGUCUUGAUGACAGUGAAAAUACCCAACUGCAAGAUAAAGUUCUCUCAAAGACAUGCCCCCAAACACAAAACACAUCUGCAGAUCCAGCCAGGCCAGUGCCCCCUCAGUCUCAGAAGGAAAGCAAACAAAUCCACCUUCCACCUUUGCAUCUGGAGAAAAUGUCUGAAGACCGUGAAAUAAACAAGAAAUGUGAUAGAGAGUGUGCACCACUACACUCAGAGGUUUCUUCAGUGAAAGCCUUUGAGAAAGCGUCUCUCACUGGAGACCUAACAGGGAAUAAUCGGGAGCCAGACAAACGCUGCUGUGAGUUACAGUGCACAGCUGGCCAUGUGUUUGAAAACAUGUGCUGUGACGAAGAACCACUUCCAGGUAGCCAUAGAGGACGAACUCAGUUCAAGGUAAUCAUCUGUAACCUCGUGUUUCUGCAACUAAAGACAAUGGUUGAAGAAAUGAGCAAGAAGUGGCCGAGUCUGGAAUUGGAAGUCUCAGAGAACCUGUGUCUUAUGGCCACUGACUAUAAUGCCAGUGGCUUGACUGUCAAAAGGAAAGGAGGAAGGACCAAGAAGCUGUUCCCUGCUGAGGAGAAAGACAAGCUUGCUAAGCUGACAAAGAGACAAGCUACAGAAAAGCACAAGAUGGAAACCCAAGUAAAUGAAAUGGAAGAAGCCAACAGUCAAAGUCAGCCUUCUGCAACAGCCUCUGACAAUGAUUCUGGUAGCCUGUUGAAACUCUGGGAUAAGGUUCAUUCAUAUGAAAGACAAAUGGAGCUUAAAAAUAGUCACUACGAACUACUUACAAGAAAACCUGAAAACAUGGAAAAUAUGGCUAGUGGAAUACAGAGAGAACAGACAGAAAUUAAGAAAAUAAAAUCCUGGUUACAGCAUAAAGGAGCAGACUGGGAAGAACUCUGCACUUUGAGGUUCCCCUUAAAACAAGGUGAGAAGCAAGAAAACGCUGAGUCUACAUCUCAACAAAAGAAGAUGCAGCCAAGCAGGAAAGAGGAACCAUGUGAUGAAAAUGAGGAAUGGACUCAACACCCGGAAACCAGGAUGGUGAUUACAGACAUAAAGGCCAUAGAAACUGGAUUGAGACAGUUAUACAAGCUGAAAGAAAAUUGGGAAACUACAUAUUACAAAUAUCUACACAUGGCUGUAAAACUUCAGUUUAUGGAGCAAGAGCUAAUAGCAAUAAAAACAGAACAAAAGAAGCGUGGAUGCCUACUCAAGGACCUCAGCACCCAAACAAGAGAUCAAAACAACACUAAGGACUUAAGAGACACUAAUGAAAUUGUGACAUUAACCCAGAUGGAACUGAGAAUUAAAAACUUGGAAUCUCCGCUAGCCACCAGAGGAGGAGCUCAGCAAAGUCUCCAUGAAGGAGGAGUGCUAGAACCUGACACCACUAUGCUGAAGAGAGUGGUAUGAUGCAGACAUUGAGAACAGAGCUUGGUGAGCAAGCCAAACGGAGGCCACAGAAAUAGCAGAGCUCAUGUGUCUCUGCUGCAGGUUAAUGGGUACCAGGGAACUCACAACAGACUGGGAGUUAGAAAAUGAAUGUGCAUUUGAGCUGCCAUUCAAGGAGGCUCUUCUUCCCCUUUUCACUUUGGAUUUCUAUGGCCUUUUGCUCCCUAAUGCUCUCAUGUAGCUAACAUGAUUAGACUAGUAUUCUAAAGCUUUCUAAAUAAGGCAUUUAUAUUCUUAUUAAACUACUUUGUGCCAUUUUAUUAAAUAGAAA